CCCUGCCGUGCUUCGCUCCGCCUCGGCAGCCUGCAGGCGCCGAGGGGCGCCGGCUGUGGGGUUACUGCCAUUUCCAUUAACCUUUUGGCAUUAAUUCCGCGAUCGACAUCUUCCUUGCAGGAAGCAAGGCUUUUGGGCCUGUAACACUCAGUUAAGGUUGGAAAGAUGGGAAAUGCAGAAAGCAGCGCCUAUCAGAACCACCUUUCCAGAUUUCUUCCUGAGGAGCAGUCUGACAUUGAUGGAGUAUUUGAUACCAUAUCGGGAUCAAGUGGCUCAUCAGCUGCAAAAAAUGGAAAAGCUACAAAGAAAACUGUGACUCUGGGAGCACUACAGGCAUAUAUGCGGGAACCAUUACCAGAGCAAAUGACUGUUCGGUUGUACAAUGGAAUGAAAAGUAUUGACCUGACUGGGAAAUCGUCUGAGCUGAGAGAACAGAUUGCUAAGGAGCAGUUUGUAAUUUUUAUGUCAAACCUCUUGAAAGGGAAUGCAGAUGAGAAGAUUACCAUAAUAAUGAGAAUGAUCUCCACGACAGAAGGUCCUGUGAAGGGCAAGCAAAUCCAAGAGUUCACAGAGGAUCUGAUCAUGUCUGUAGUCCAUGUACUGAACUACAGGAAGGAACUGAAAGGUUGGAAUUUGGAGAAUACGAGGGAUUCUGCAGGUGGAGUAAAGGCUCUGGCUUCUCAGCUGCUGUCGGAAUUAAAGCUUGCAGAUGGGGCAAAACCUGUGGGCCCUCAGCUAAUGGAGAUGAAUUUUGAUCAAAGUGUCAUUGAGGAUUGGGUGUACCGAGUUCCACACAUCUCAACUUUUCUCAGUGUUGUUAUCAGGCAAGGCCUCCAUGUUCUGCACUCUCUCCCAGACCAAGCCAAAGAAAUGGUCAACUUGGUUCCAGGCUGCAAAGGCAUCAAAGGAAGAGGACUUGUCAGUCUCUUUGACAUCCCAUCCAUCAUAUACAUCAACUCCCAUUUGCCAGCAGAGCUACAGCACAAGUGGCGGCUUUUGUUCUCUUCUAGGCUUCACGGAGAAAGCUUUUCACAGUUAUGUGGGCAUAUAGUGAACAAAGGUCCCUGCAUAGUGAUCUUAAGGGACUUGGAUGGCUAUAUCUUUGGUGGGUUUGCAUCUCACUCCUGGGAAGUGAAACCACAGUUUCAAGGUGACAAUAGAUGCUUUCUGUUCUCUGUUUUCCCCUCCCUUGCUGUAUAUACGUACACGGGAUAUAAUGACCACUACAUGUAUUUGAACCAUAGCCAACAAACAAUGCCAAAUGGACUAGGUAUGGGUGGACAACACGAUUACUUCGGCCUCUGGAUAGACAGUGACUACGGGAAGGGACACAGUAAAGCCAAACCUCGAUGUACCACCUACAAUAGCCCUCAGCUAUCAGCUAAAGAGAAUUUUACACUGGAUGCCCUGGAAGUUUGGGCAGUGGGAGACUUGCCUGAAAGUACAGAGACAAAAGGUAAGAAGACUAUCUUGGAUGUGGAUCCUGAGGCCCAGGCCUUACUAGAAAUGAUUGGAAAAAGUCGGCAGAGUGAAGGUUUACGAGAACCCAUUGAAGAUGACGAAGAUAACUAAAAGAUUCACAGUAACAUGAAGUCCCCUUUUUUUUUUUGCUCCUUUCAUGUUCUUUGGACAGGAUGUUCUUCCUCUUUCUUUUUUUUCCUUACAUUUACCUAAUUAUCUGGGACUAAGCAUAAGUCUUGUACUUAUGUAACAUUUAGGUCCAGUACAAUAUCCUGCCUGAAGGGUUUAGCCUGAGGAAGACAGAAAAAUUAGCUAGGUAUUUAAAAGACAUCUAAUGAUUACGUUCUAGCUGAAUGUGAACUUACUAGCAUUUCUGAUAGAUCCUGCCUGCGUAUAGAGUUUAAAAACAAAAGAAUAACUUAAUGGCAGUACUGCUUAUUGAUUUGGAGAAUUAAUGUGUAUUUACAUAAAGUCUAGCUGAUUCUUUGAUUAAGGUUCUUACACCUUGACUACAUGUAUUUAUUUGCAUGCAAUGAAAUGAGUUGGUGAAGCUUGCAAAUUGUAAUUGUAUCUUCCGUUGGUAAACAUAGAAUAGUCCUCAUGAUUCCGUAUGAAGAAUGCUAUUAAUUUGCAUUGCUGCAGUUAAAGCAGUGAAUCUCAGUUUUUUCUAAGUCAGAUUUUAAGCAAGUGACUCUAUGGGCUGUAAGGUGCAGGAUGCUAAGUAUACGGUGUUGAGUUUUAUAGUAAUACACUACAGUUUAGUGAAGCUCGCUUAAUAUGUUUCUGGAGAAAUUUGCCUAUUGUGUUUUAAACUUAGGAGAACAAAGCCAUUGGAGUCAUUGAGACACACUUAUUCUAAGAGUGGGCCAACCCUGUGCUCCCAGAACAAACAUACCUCAAGGGGAGGUGCCUUCUUAGUAGAUUUGCUUGAGACCGGAGAAAAAGAUGAGGCUGUAGAAAGGAUUAAGGAAGAAGCAUCCACAGGUAAUUGCAGAUAGGUUGUAAAUAAAUAAUUUUUUAAAAAUCAGGCCUAUGCCUUUAACUUCUCCGAAGACGACUGCAUAUUUUAUUUCCACAUAAUUGUCAUUGUAUUAUGAAAAAAAGUACAAAACAUAACUAGCAGGUUGUUGUUUUUUUUUUUUUCUGUUUUGUUGGCUGUUCACCAGCCAAGACCAGUUUUGUGAACUCUCCACUCAGGGCUUUUUCUACUUAAAUCUACUCUCAUGUUUUUUAGUUUGACCUUGCUAAUUCUCUGUGUAAUUAACUUGUCAAAAAUAACCCUCAUUUCUAUCAGGGACUGUCAUUUCUAGCUCAGCAAAUUGUGUUUGGUUAUGUGUGACAGUCAGCCUUUCUCUUCCUAAGUAAAAGGACUGCGUCCAUUCAUCUUUGUAUGAGCAUGAGUUUGUCAUAGAAAAAGUUUGAUUUCCAUGCAUCAUAGAGUAAAACAGAUGCUGUAAGUCUGCAUUAUUGCUGCAAUUCCUGAUCAUGUGGCCUUCCUUCAUAUGCUUUCCAUUAACAUUUGUAGCAGCAGUUAGGGAAGGAAAAAAAAAAGUAAGCCUUAGAAAAGUUAUACUGAUCCUUUAUGUAAUUUUCUUUCUGUAUUUUUGUAAGAAUCUUCAAUGGUAUACAGUAGAAAAUACUGUAUAGACAGCUACUAAGUACAUGAUGCUCUCUGCAAGUGUGGUGAUGCUGGCUUUGUUUUAACAUGGUAUUGUCGGAUUCCCACCAUAAGCCUCUGAAGUAUUCUUUGUCUUAGGCAAUGGCUCAGCUUACUAAAUACUGCUGAAGUGGAUGGCAUGCAGAAAUGAGACAGUUGAACUUCCGCAAUUACACGAUAGGCAAACUGCUAACCUUUCUUUUUGUCCCGUAAUGAGGCAGACACUUUUCCUUGAGGACUGAAACUGUUUGCAAGGAUAUUUAAAAAAAACAGCAAGACAUUUUUGCAAGCAGUAACUGGGGAGGGUGAAGUGCAUGAAGCCUGCUCUACCCCAAAAGUAUUACAGUGGCUGGGUUUUCUUUGAUUUAAAGUAAGUGACAGUCUAGCUGGUUCUUUCUAGACUAUGAAUCAAAAGUAUAAUCCUGUUUAAAUAGAAUCUUGUGAAGACUGGCAUAGCGUUUUGACCUCUGAAAUUGUGUUUUAUGACAAGUUUGUAUCUGAGACUCUUAUCUUCACUUUAAAGUGAAGGUGUUAAGCUGGGGCAAGAAGAAAACUGACACUUUGGUAAUUGUAGCAGAUGUCAGUGAAGCACUAUUUACUAGGAAACUACUGAUCCAAGCAGCAGAUGGGAUUAUUCAAGAUAGGCUUGGAAGAGAGUCAACUUUUUUUUCUCUCCCCCACCCCCCAGAACCUAAUGAUUAAGCAAUCUCUGCUUCACGUUCCUGCAUCAACAAAGGUCCUGAAAGUGGUUGUCAGCAGUGAGUUUAGCUAUGAUCUAAACAUCUCUCACUUUUAUGCAGCUGUUGAUCCAACUGCAAAGCUUAAUAUUCCUGUAAGUGUACAAGUCAUCUUCAUUCUCCUGUGCUUGUGAGAGCGAGUGCCUUCCCCAUGAACUCUGUCUGCCACUGUGCAUCAGAUCAGCCAUCCGCUUUUGCCCCUAUGGGACCAGUAGGAGUAAAAAUGACUGUGGUUUUCAGCGAAGGUUAACAGGAGCGAUAGCAAUUCAGAUCUCUACUGUUCAUUUGAAAUCUCAUGCUAGAUUCCUUGAGAGUCUGGUAAAGCAAAGCUAGGUAUCACGGACUCUAGAAACGUUGUGGAUUGCCCAUAGGCAAACAAGUGCUCGUGAAGGCAGUUCUUUUCCAUUAAUCUAAUUUAAAAUAAAAGGAUGGGUCUAAAUCAAGAGUCUUGUUCAGAUAUGUGAACGUAAUGUUUUAAAACAGAUUUUUAUUAAUAAAAAUCAUUAUGAUUUAAAUAAAUAAAAAUUCAAUUUAUGCGCAGUA